AUGGGGACCUCUGUGUUGUUUGCGUUCAGGACUGAAAGAGGAGCCUUUGGUUUGCUGCUGCUCCUCUUACUGUGCUGCUGGGGAGGAAAAUGUGAGCUCCAGGAGUCCAAACCUGCAGGGACGGCCAACAUCCCUGCUGUCAAACCUUUUGAAAACCAACCCCAGGCCUUCCCCAAUGAGGAGAGGUCCAACCUGCCUGUGUUCACCAUGGACUACCCUCGGAUCCAGGUCCCCUUCGAGUUCACGUUGUGGGUUCUGCUCGCAUCUUUUGCAAAGAUUGGUACGUUUGGAUCAGUCUUAUGAGAGCUCUCAGGGUUUGGACGACAGCUAAAGAGUCAAAUCUUUUCUUUUCACUCUUCCAGGUUUCCACAUUUACCACAAAAUCACAAUCUGGAUCCCCGAGUCCUGCCUCCUGAUCAGCAUCGGCCUCAUUGUGGGCGCCAUCAUGCAUGCUGUCAAAGAGGAGCCCCCUGCGGUCCUCAGGUCCACCGUCUUCUUCCUCUACAUGCUUCCACCCAUCGUCCUCGACAACGGCUACUUCAUGCCCACACGGCCGUUCUUCGAGAACGUGGGCACGGUGCUGUGGUACGCCGUGGUCGGCACUCUGUGGAACAGCGUCGGCAUCGGGAUCUCCCUCUUUGCGAUCUGCCAGAUUGAGGCCUUUGGAGUUCAGGAUAUCAACCUGCAGGUCAGUGAGAGGAAGGUCAAAGGUCAGGUGGAGGCGUUUGUGUUUUUGAUGAAACUUUCAUAAACUAAAAUAAGAUCACUGAGAGGAGAAGAUCGAUUCAGGAGCUUCUCUUUGGUUCCUGUGGCCCAUUGUAGUCCCUGUUUCCACGUGUCCCGAGGUCUUAUGCAAAACAUGCAAAUCAGACCGAUAGCAGAUAGAGAGCUAGUCCAGGACAGUUUCUGCUGCAGGUGUGAGUAAAUAAAAGUAAAGCAUCCCUCACUCCUCCACCUUUCUGACCCCGUCUCUGUAAAUGAAGCAUCUUUGAAUGAAAACAACGAGUCGGUCUCCCAUAAAACAGAGCCGUAGAGUUUAUUUAUAUGUUCUCGUAGUUCCAGAGUAAAGCUCCUAAAGCCUCUAAAAACUGCUCCAGUGUUCUCUAAUCCUUGUGGUCCAGCGACACAUAAAGGUUCUUGUGUUUGGUCUUGGGCUCCGCUGCAGGAGAACAUACUCUUCGCCUCCAUCAUCUCUGCCGUGGACCCCGUCGCCGCUCUGAAUGUGUUUGAGGACAUCGGGGUGAACGAGCAGAUCUACAUCGUCAUAUUUGGAGAGGGGCUUUUCAACGAUGCUGUCACUGUGGUGAGUUCAGGUGGAGGGUGGACCCCAUGUCAGCUCCGACUCCUGUCUGAGGACUGAUUUAUGUUGUGUGUGAACAGGUCGUCUCACUCUUCAAAAGGGUUCUGACCGAUCAGAAUCAAUCAUUAUACAAAUGAAACCAGUGUGUGUGUGUGUGUGUGUGCAGCGACAGGAAACUCCUUGAAUCUUCCAGUGCAGUUUCAUGGUUGUGUACGUUUUAAAGACACAUGUUCGGUCUCCCUGGGGGCAUAAACAGCUCAGGUCUGCGUGCCCCUGAAUCUUCCCCUCAGUCUCGUCUGUCCAGUUCCACAUUGCUGAAUGCAGACGUCAGCUGUACAAAGACACCUUCACUCUGGCCCAGUUUCACUCGAGAGGCUGGUUUCACUUCCUGUAGUCUUUUGUUGAAUCCUCUCUCCAAGGAAUCCACCCAACAGUCAGCGCUCGGGCCAGCUCCUGCCAACUGUUGAUGAUGCAGAUGAUGUGAGGCGUGAAAAGAGAGACACAGUUUCUGUUUGGAGAGAAUUCUUCAGAUUUCUGAGACGUCAAACCUACAAAUCAGUGAACUGUCUGUGUUCAUGCUCCUCCAUUCUGACUCAGAGUUAAACAUGUAAUCACCUUCUUUCCCUCCUCAGGUGCUUUACAACAUGUUCACCUUCCUGGCAGACUUGCCUGAGGUCGAAUCCCUGGACGUGGUCCUGGGAGUGGCCCGCUUCAUUGUGGUGGCGGUGGGGGGCGUCUUCUUUGGCGUUCUGUUUGGACUCACAGCAGCGUUCACCACACGUUUCACCCACAAUGUGCGUCAGAUCGAGCCCCUCUUCGUCUUCAUGUACAGCUACCUGGCGUACCUCAUCGCCGAGUGUUUCUCCCUCUCCAGCGUCCUGGCGUAAGUCACAUGACCUUGGAUGAAUGAAGUCAACAUGUCAGCCCCCAUAUCAGUGAAGAAGGCGUUUCAGUUAGAGGUCAAAAUACAGACAUGAAGUCAGCAGAAUACACUCAAAUAUACUCCAGAUCUACACAUCAGGAUAAACUGUAUAUAUAUGAUUGGAAACAGAUUUUUAAUAUUGCAAAUUUAAGUCGAGACAAAAACACAAAAAAAGACACCACAACAACAACAGCUGAUCUAAACACAAGCUGCGACAGCAUGCAUCCUCUCCCCGGUGAUACCGAUCAUCUUUAUCCUCCAGAGUCUUUACAUGUUUGUGCAGCCGACAGAAACCUGUUCUUCCAGCUGACUUUACACCCUCUGAGUCUGAGGCGAGUUUAAAGCAACACGUGUGUCAUCAUGAACACGUGGUUCCUGUCAUGUGGGCGUCGCAGGUAAAGACGAGCUCUCAGUGUUUCCUGGGUGACUGUAAAUACAGCUGAUGGUGCACCAAAGUAAGAAGAGUUAAAGGCAAAUUUCUGCUGAAAACAAACAAAAGUUUCACAAAUGUCACAUGACUUAAAAAAAGUUUCUCUAAAUGUUCACCUUCAACUGUUUUAAUGAGGUUCCUGCAGCUUUGACCUAAGGGUUUAGGGGGUUUCUCCGUGUUUAGGCGCCAAUAACUGGGAUUUAGAAACUUCCCAGUUAUUGUUAAAAACAAGCAGCAACACUGAAUCUGGAGAAAUGAAGCCAAAACCUGCAGUUCCGUGGGUGUCCACUAGAGGCCGGCUCUAAAGCCUGUAAAAACCACACACACACUCAUUUAAAAAAGUCAGACGUGAACAGGUUAGCAUGUUUAUGUCGCCCCCUCUCUGCACACAGGCUGAAUUUCUCUCAUUAGCUUUGUAAACAUGGUCGUUAAGGUUAUGGGUUUUGCAUAAUCGGGGGCGUGGCUGACUUGAUUGACAGGUGGGCAGACUGCACACACGUGUAUUCAUCUAUUUCUCCUUUUCUCGUGUUCUCCAGAAUUAUCACAUGUGCUAUAACCAUGAAGUACUACGUGGAGGAGAACGUGUCUCAGAGAUCCUGCACCACCAUCCGCCACGUCAUCAAGAUGCUGUCCACCAUCUCUGAGACCCUCAUCUUCUUCUUCCUGGGUGUGGUCACCAUAACAACCGAACACGAGUGGAACUGGGCCUACAUCAUAUUCACGCUGGUGUUUGCCUUCGUCUGGAGAGGACUUGGUGAGAGUCUGAGCUGAUCUGAACAAAGCUGCCUCAACAUAAUCCGGGUUAUAAAAACCGCUGUAUGCCCUACACUUUGUCUGGCAGGCAUCCUGGUGCUGAGCCAGAUCAUCAAUCCGUUCCGUACCAUCCAGUUCAACUACAAGGACCAGUUUAGUCUCUCCUACGGAGGCCUGCGAGGGGCAAUCUGCUUCGCCCUGGCCUUUACCUUACCCAACACCAUCAACAGGAGGACGCUGUUUGUCACCGCCUCUAUCGCUGUCAUUAUAUUCACCGUUUUCUUACAGGUGAGACCUUCAGAGUGUGCUUCUUCGGGUGAUUUCAACCUUCAAAGACCGAGUGCUCUCUCUGCCCCGACUGAAACAUCUCUUUUCUGCAUUUUUCUCUCUCAGGGCAUCAGUAUCCGUCCCAUCCUGGAAUAUCUCAACGUCAGGAAAACCAACAAAGACCUGAACACCAUCAAUGUGGAGAUUCACACCAGGGCAAGUAACCCAUGAAUCCUGAAGGUCAGAGCAGCUGUGAAUGGGCCUCAGCUGACAUGUUUGUGUGCUUGUGUUUGGUCCAGGCCAUGGAGCACAUCAUCACCGGCAUCGAGGACCUGUGUGGACAGUGGAGCCGCUUCUACUGGAAGGACAAGUAUGAGCUCAAGACCGAGUGUUAAAUAAGAACACGGCUGUUUCUUACAGAGUAGUGUUGUGUUGUUCGCGGACGAUUCGUUCAAAAGAACCAAAUCUUUUACGUGAAUGUAUUGAACCGAAUCACUUCCUUAAGUGAUUCGUUCGUUUCUCACUUCAGUUGAGCUGAAGUGAGAAACAGACACCUGAAUCACUUAACGAACGAAUCACGCAUUGAACUUCACACUCUGGAAUCAUUUUUGUCAGACAAAACUAACUUUAAAAAAAAAAUUUACUGAUAAAUUGCCACCAUAACAACUUUCAUACAAUAGGACACAGCAUGGAACAUGUGGUUCAUUAAACCCGCAGCAUCCUGUCAUCGCAGCGGUUCGCGAGGGAACGGUUCAGGUUUGGUUUGAAUUCUUCUAAAUGUUCAGUGAACGAAUCACUCACUGAGUCUAGACCUGAUAAAUAUCAUACCAUAGGACACUUCAAACAUCAUGACUUAUAAACAAGUUCAUCUUUACAAACCUGUUUGUCAAAGAAACACAGACACUCAAACAAAACUCUGAUCUGAACUGAAUCCUGAACCGUUCAGUUCAGGAGGUCGGAGUCGCAGGCUUCUCCCGACAAGCACCACAUGAUUCUGUGAUUUGGUGAACGAAUCUUUUGAACGAAUCUUUUUAGUGAACUGAUUCUAGUGAUUCAGUACACCUAAAAGAACAGAGUUUUUAUUUGUUUUGUUGGUUCCAGGUUUAAAAAGUUCAACGAUCGGGUUUUGAGGCGUAUCCUGGUCCGGGAUAACAGAGCAGAGUCCAGCAUCGUGUCUUUGUACAAGAAACUGGAGCUGCAGCACGCCAUCGAUUUACUGGACACACCUAUGGGAGACCUCAGUGCAGCGCCAUCUAUUGUUUCUUUGAGGUAGGACAGACAUGUUUGAUGGUGUUUUAUCAAGAGUGGAUUUAUAGAUGACUGCGGGGCUGGAAAACAGUUUCUACUUCACUAAAGUUUAAUUACUGUACGACCCAGUAAGUCCAAUCUGUGCCUCAGCUAAAUCAGACUUAAUGUCUUCUCCUCCAGAUAAACAUGUUCUUCCUGCAGGUUUCAAUGUUCCCAUCCUCAGCAAUGAUAACAGACGAUAUAUCAUCAUUAUCUCUCAUUUCCUUUCAGCGACGAGAGGAGGGAGACGUCGAGAUCCAAGAGGAUGUUCAAGGCGGCCGACAUCAGGAAGAUGCACGACAUCCUGUCCAAGAACAUGUACAAGAUCAGACAGAAGGUAGAUCUGUCAGAGCCUGUGAGGGUCACCUGAGAUGGUCUGGACUCUGGUUCAAACCUCUGCUCAUGUUUUACAGACUAUGGCCUACACAAGCAAAUACAAUCUACCCGACGACAGCAAAACCAGGGAGAUUCUGAUUCGUCGACACGCGAGUAUAAGACGCAGCCUUCGCUCGGAGAGUUUCCGUGAGCAGGUGGGUUUCUUUUUUUUUUUAAGUGGAUAUGAAAGUUAACGUUUUCUCACUUCUCUGACCUUUACUGUUCCUCGUGUUCCAGACUGAUCAAAACUUUACCAGAUCCCAAAAGUACUACUCGCUGCAGCCUGGGGGGAGUCUGGAGGCCGCCCUCCCCCUCAGAAGACGAAGUCAUGGUGGGUUCAGGAUCAGAUACUCAAUAAUGUUCACACUGAUCAUUAACCGAUCAGUUUUAACCAUCGCUGUUGUUUUCUAGCUGGCGGCGGCGAUGUGCCCACCCAUCCUCCAUCGUUUGGUUUGACGCCGCGCUCCUCGUCUCACUCUUUGACUCCUUCGAGGAGGCUGAACACCAUCAGAGAGGCUGGAGGUACGGGACAGAGGACGUCCGCUUCUGUCCAUCAGCCUUCAUCAUCCCCUGGGGGGGAUUUUCAGGACACGAGGGGGCCCGGGAGUGUGGCAGGAUCCAGCAUGAGGGGUAAAAAACCUCCAGCACCUGAACCCAGGAGGCGGGGUUCAGAUCGGGUGGAUGGAGACGCAGACCCUGAAAGUACAGGACAAACAGGAGAACCAUUACGCCCGCCCCGCCUUCCACCGCCACGUGUUUGGGCCCCUGAGAACCAGGAUCCCAGAGAGGAAGGGGCAGGAGACCCCUUAAUCCGACAUCCUUCACAGGGCCCUCGGAGCUCGGGCAGAUUCUGA